GCAUCUACUUCAACAGCUACCCCGCACUCGACGGGCACCUCCAAGGGUCAGAUCCACGUCAAGCUCAUAUCUGCCCGUGGUCUUAAUGUCACAUCCGUAUGCUCACGACCUUAUGUCGUCGUUCAAUUCGAGCAGAACGAGUUUGUAAGUCGCGAUCCCACAGACGAAAUGGACAAAGAGGUCAAGGGAACAGCGACCGCUCUCUCUCGCGCAUCUUCCUCUAUUGCUCUCUCAGCUCUCUCAUCCAUCGGCGUUCCUCGUCCACCAGGAAAGGCUAGUACCGGAAAUUCCCCCUCUUCAUCUCUGUCAUGUAAUCAACCUUCUCCCAUCAACCUUCCUUCCACCACUCAGGGCCUGUUUGGUCGCUUAUCCGCACACAAUCCCGUGUGGAAACACGAGGUGUCAUUCGACGUUACGUCCGAAGAAUCCCUCGUCUCAUUUAACCUAUAUGACCGCGUAGCGGACCAUUUCUUUCUCGGCACUGUACAAAUCAAGCCAGUCCUCAUCCAUGAUCAUACUGUUGACCAAUGGUACAAACUCCGGCCGUUCGAGAACGAAGUAAUAAGCGGGGAAAUGCGGGUACAAAUCACUUUCGAGCAAUACAAGACCAAACGCGCGCUUACACCACGCGAUUUCGAGUUCCUGAAGUUGAUCGGACGCGGCACCUUUGGCAAGGUCUUCCAAGUCCGGAAACGCGAUACAAAGCGAAUAUAUGCUAUGAAGGUUCUCUCAAAGAAAGAAAUCGUUGCGAAGAAGGAGGUUGCUCACACGAUCGGAGAGCGAAAAAUCCUACAACGUUCACUAGAAUCACCAUUCCUCGUUGGCCUCAAAUUCAGUUUUCAGACCGAUACAGAUUUGUACCUGAUAACAGACUUCAAGAGCGGUGGCGAGCUGUUCUGGCACCUCCAGAAAGAGACACGUUUCUCCGAAGAACGGGCCCGAUUUUAUAUCGCAGAGCUAGUUUUGGCCCUGGAGCAUCUACAUAGAUACAACAUCGUUUAUCGGGAUCUUAAACCCGAAAAUAUCCUUCUUGAUGCCACCGGCCAUGUCGCGCUCUGCGAUUUUGGGUUAUCAAAGGCGGAUCUACGGUCCGACGAACUCACCACGACGUUCUGUGGCACAACCGAGUACCUCGCCCCUGAAGUACUUUUGGACGAGCAUGGAUACAGCAAACUCGUCGACUUUUGGUCGCUGGGCGUACUCCUCUUCGAGAUGUGUUGCGGUUGGAGUCCAUUCUAUGCCGAAGACACACAGCAAAUGUACAAGAAUAUUUGUUUUGGGAAGAUUCGGUUCCCGAGAAACGUUAUCAGCGAAGACGGCAAAAUGUUUGUGAAGGGGCUUUUAAACCGAAAUCCCAAACAUCGCUUAGGUGCGCAGCGCGAUACCGCAGAACUGAAAGAACAUCCGUUCUUCUCGUGUAUAGAUUGGAAAGCUCUCCUUCUGAAGCAGGUGACGCCGCCGUUCAAACCUGUCGUGGAGUCGGAUGAGUCGACUGCGAACUUCGAUCCAGAGUUUACCACUGCUGAUAUCAAAGAGGUCGGCGGUGGUCUCGACGGGCAUGGGAGUCCGGAUGAAGAAGAUCCUAGCGAAGACUGGACACAAACGCAGGGCGGCUUGCCAGGGUCGCACAUGCCGAACGGACCACUGGGUAGUGACCGUAUAAACCAGAACGGUCCGGCAGGCCUUCCCUCUCCCUUACCUAACGUGAAUGGCGCGGGACGUGCUAUCCAGAUUGGAUCGCGGAAGAAGCAAGAUAUUGCAGGGUCGCCGCUGACGAACAGCGUACAAGAGAAUUUCCGCGGGUUCACGUACUCUGGAGGCGAAAGUGUGGUGUUACAGGGCAUAAUGGGCGGAGAUCCGGCUGACGAUGAGGAGGAGGCAGUGUCCGAUGAAGAGGUCCCAGAGGUGACUACAGAAGAUGAGUUCGAAGACAGGGAGAGAUUCGCGGGACGAUACUCGAACCGAAGAAGA